AUGUCAAAUCUUCCAUAUGCCGCCGAUGCGGAAAGCCCGUUGAAACCCGCAGAGUUACAGGUUCUGCGCACACAAUACGAGAAAGAAGGCGACUAUGUUGGCAUUCAAACCAAGUUCAACUUCGCUUGGGGCCUGAUCAAAUCCAACGCCCGCCCCGACCAACAAGAAGGUGUCCGCCUCCUGUCAGAGAUCUUCCGUGGGGCACCUGAAAGACGACGAGAGUGUUUAUACUAUCUGGCUCUAGGCAACUACAAAUUGGGUAACUACGGAGAGGCUCGUCGGUACAAUGAUCUGCUAUUGGAGAAGGAACCGGCCAACUUGCAAGCGGCUAGUCUGGGGUCCCUUAUUGACGAUAAGGUUGCCAAGGAAGGCCUCAUGGGCAUUGCGAUUGUAGGAGGCUUAGCUGUGGCGGCGGGACUCGUGGGUAGUCUGAUUCUGAAGGGAGCCAGAAGACGGUGA